AUGGCGGAUGCCAAGCGCGAAGCCGUUGUUUUGGAGGCCCAGCAGCGCGCCGAUGAGAAAAGGUUGGAAGGCAACAAGCUGUUUGGCGAGGGAGAUUACGCUUCCGCCAUCCAAUUGUAUUCUCAAGCCAUUAUUCACCUCAGGAAUACCAUAGAUGACGAAACUAGGUGUAUUACCCCGGAGCUUUACAAGCAUACCAAUAUCCACCAAAUAUACACGAACAGGGCGUUAUGUCACCUUAGAAUGGAGAACUAUGGUUUAGCUGUACUUGAUGCAGAAGCUGCUAUUCUCGCGCAACCCGAGUACGCCAAAGCGUACUACCGACGUGGUUGCGCAUACAUUUGCCUUAUGAGGUUCAAAGAUGCCGAAAAGGAUUUCAUCAAAGUGCUCUCUAUGCAAAAUGACGCCAUGUCGCGAACCAAACUUAAGCAAUGCCGGGCAAUUCUUCGGGAGAAGAAAUUCCAAGAGGCCAUAAUGAUCGACACACCACCCCCUCUGCACGUAACAAUAGAUGCCGAUGCCAUACGCGUUGAUGAGUCCUACACUGGACCAGUGUAUACCCGUCCAAUAUUGGAUAAAGCUGGAUUCUUCAAGGAAGUUCUUGAUUAUAUCAAGGUCCCAGGUAACAAGUUCCAUCGCAAGUACAUGGUGAUGCUCAUCCUGGAUGUCAUAAAAGUACUAAAGGAGUGCAACUCCGUUGUGGACAUAUCGCUUAAAGAACAUGAACAAAUCACCAUAUGUGGUGACAUACACGGCCAAUUCUACGAUUUGCUUAAUAUAUUCGACAUUAACGGUCUCCCAAGCGAGAACAAUCCAUACCUCUUCAACGGAGAUUUCGUGGACCGCGGCUCAUUCUCGGUCGAAUGCACGAUAACACUCUUCCUAGCUAAAGUACUCUACCCCAACCACUUUUUCAUCACGAGAGGCAACCAUGAGACCGAGUCUUUGAACAAGUGUUACGGAUUCAAGGGAGAGGCACUUGCCAAAUACGACGAUAAAAUGUAUACCCUCUUCCGUGAGAGCUUCUGCUACCUCCCCUUGGGUUAUGUGAUAAACAAGAAGGUUUUAGUUGUUCACGGUGGACUGUUUGAGAAUGACGGCGUUACGUUGGAUGACCUAAGAAGAAUAGAUAGAGUUCGAGAACCUCCCGACGAGGGGUUGAUGACAGACAUGCUGUGGUCCGACCCGAAACCGACGAGCGGAAGGACACCUUCAAAGCGUGGUGUAGCUUGUGAAUUUGGCCCAGAUGUCACGUCUAAAUUCCUUCAGGAUAACAACCUUGAGCUAGUCAUUAGAUCACACGAAGUGAAGCAAGAGGGAUACGAAGUGGACCACCACGGACAAAUCAUCACGAUAUUUAGUGCACCAAACUACUGCGACCAAAUGGGUAACAAGGGCGCUUUCAUAAGGCUAAACGGAAAGGAUUGCACAUUCACAUUCACACAAUUCGAUGCAGUUGAACACCCACCUGUCCAAGCCAUGCAAUACGCCAAUCCGUUAUUUAAUGGAAUAUAUUAG